AUGAAAUCUACUCCGCAUGUCCUUCUAAUCAUUUAUUCCUCUGCUUAUCGAAAUGAUGCAUUGGUUAAGUGGAAGCUGACUAGUCGACUGAAAGAGCUCGGAUUCAGACCACAAAAAGAAGUAAAAUGGUGUUCGGUUGACGGAAAUUCAACAGGACUCCGCCUAAAAACUUGUUUGUUUUUACCUUAUCCUGCUACUGUUUAG